AUGGCCAGUUUCAUGACGACACGAUCUCAGAUUUGCAAAAAUGGAGGGAUAUCUUCACAAGCUAUGCCUCAGCCAAACAUGAAUGUAGGUAAUGAAAAUUGCUUGCUAAAUCGCAGUCAAGAUAAAAUCGGGAACAUUGUGAAAGUAAAGAAUGGGGCAGACAAGAUGAUAGUUGCACCAGGGUCCCUUGGUAGUUUCCUCAGAAUGAAGGAGCAACUAAGAACAAAUAUUCAGCUAUCCAAGCAAAAUGGCCUUUUAAACCAGCCAGUGGACAACUCACAAAAGCCGCCAGAAAACUAUUCAAGAGUGCGUGAAAAGAAAGAUGAUAAAGGUCGUAGGUUUGGUUUAGUUGAUGAAGAUGAGGACUUCCAAAGCUCGGGUGAUGACUAUGUUGUUGAAGAACAAGUAGAUUCAACUCGACUUGCCAACAAUAUCAAUGAAAACACCCAAGUAACUGAAAAACAGCUUGAUCUAGAUGUUCUACCAGAAGAGAAGCGAACUAGGGGACCAACUAUCUGUAAAGAAGUUAAUAGUUGGAAUCUAAAUGAGCGUCGGCCCAUCUUCUUGAAUGAAAAUCGCGAACCAGUUGGCCCUGAUAAAGGCACUCUAACCAAAUUUAGUCAGUUUUGUGGUUCAUUGGCUAGAGAUUCUGUUCUUGCACCGCUGAAUUUUCUUGAUUGGCGUCAUGUUUCUGACAAAGAUAAACUCUGGGAAAUAAAAAAGAAGCACUACUUUCAGUAUGACAAUGAUGAAGAUAGAUGGGAAAGUCGACCAAGAUCAAUUUCAGAUGCACAGUUUAUGGAAUUAUUGAACUACUGGAGUUUAGAGGAGGUUAAGGAAAAAAGUGACAAGAAUAAAAAGAACAGUGAAGCCCAAAAAGAUAGACACACUAUGGGACCUAUUUCAUUCGCGAUAAAACGUCACGAGUUGGAACAAGUUGAAAAAAAACCACCUUCUUUAGCAACCAUGUACAUGGAAACUUGCAAAAGGAGUGAUGGGAGAAAAUACAAGACAUCUUAUGUGGAAAAACUACCAGAAGUUGGAAAACACAAACUUAUGGGCAAGCCUACCAAAAAUAAAGAACAACCUCCUAAAUUUGGUGUACAACUUAUUCCUGAUGAAGUUCUACAACAAAGAGACAGUUAA